AUGGAGCGCCAGGACGUUCCACCAGUAUCCGCCGUCUUCCUGGUAGUCUUCGAUCAAAAGGUGGGCUACACCAUUGCCUGGAAGCGAAACCUCCCCGAAAUCGACCUGGACGGAGUCGAAUACAAAAGCCUGCCAUCCGGACUACACGCCGUGAAGGAAGAUCUGAUAUACUUCAUACAUGGUGCGCAUGCCGGUGUUAGCGUCUUUGUGCAAGACGCCGCGGACGCGAAGCACCGCAAUGCCAACUUUGCGGCUGUUGGGGCACUGGUGCCGCUGAGCUAUGGGCAGCUUGGGAGGAGUUGGAUACAUGCUGCGGAGCUGAGGAGACUGGCAAGAGAUGUUGUGAAGAAUACGUCGGAUACUAGGGCGCUGGAGCUGUUCUGGAAGGAACAUAGGGCGGAUCAGGCCUUCAGGAGGAGCUCGUUGUCGCCUGCUGCUACGCGGGAUGCGCCAAAUGCUGGUCUUGAGAGUAGGAAACGGAAGCGCGCUCUGUCCGAUGCCACGUUGGCGGACUUCAAUGCAGAAGGGACAUGGCCACCCGAUCAUCCUGCGUUGCAUGUACCGGCGAUUCUGGACAUGUUUGGACCUCUGCUCUUCCCACUGCACCGUGCUGUAUUAUCCAGGAAGCGAGUGCUGUUGCUUGGAAGCCCUUCCGUGCAGGACAACGCCAAUACAGUAUACAUUGCCUCCGUCUUGUCCAGCAUCCCGCGAGGGCUGGGUGAGAGCUUACCCCCGGAAUCGGAGCCACUUUUCCGCAGCGUACCACUCUUUAGCGUCGGCAUCCAUGAUAUACCAUCUCUGAGCUCCCGCGAUGACAGCACUGGCUGGGUAGCAUGUACCACCGACGAUAUUCUCGGCGAAAAGAAGUACCUCUACGAUCUCCUCGUUCAACUCCCCGCCUCACAGCCCGCCGCCACCAAAAUCUGGCCGAAGCUAAAAACAUCCGACGGGAAGAUCCUCAAAGCAUCUCAACGGGACCUCCGCCGCUGGACGCUCCUUAGGAGGGAGCUUCGACGAUUACGGCGCCAGAUGGUAGGCACCUACAGCGACGACUCGGCAUCCGCGGAAAUAGACGAAUCCGACGAGCGUCCGCUCCUUCGCCGCAACAAAUCCAGCUCCGAACUCUACGACAACACAGGGCUCCAAGAACGCGAUGAAGCAGAAGCUACCGAACCCUCAACGUGGACAUCGUUGGCUUACAAAGGCUUCAUGUGGUGGGCAUCGGCAGGCGAAGCGAGCGCUUGGGAGAACGACGAGACGAAAGCCGAUGAGGAACUUCUAUUCGAUAUGCCCGACGUCGGUGGUCUGUUCCCCGAGGCGGCUACGAGUGGCAAGACUGACGCGGAACGAGAGAUGGAGUACUCCCGAGCAGCGGCGACUAUGCUCGUAGCGUAUUUCAGAAGGGUCACGGAGGUAGUUUUGCGGACGAUGUCCGCGAUUGUGGAAGAGGCCGACGACGAGACCGAGGAAGGGAUUCAGGAGGACGAGAUUCAGAUCAAUGGGGAGGAUGUUAGGGCGAUGGGGUUGGAUAGUUGGAGUGAAGCGGACAAGGGGUUUGUGGCCGACAUGGUGAAGGUGUGGUUUGAUCGAGAUGCCGUGGUUACGGAUCAGGGCGUGCGGGUCUGUGGGAUGAGGAUAUGCUAA